CAAAGUAUAAAAAACUUGUAAAAAUACCAUUUUAAUGUCGCAUCAUACAGUCGCAUGCAAGAGCUCUAUCCGAGGCAACAAAGAGGGAGCUGGAGAGAAAAGAGAGAGAACUGAACAAAACAGCCAUGGAACUGGAUAGAAGAGCGAUGGAACUGGAUGAAAGCACAAUGGAUCCAGAUAUUAGAGAGACAGACCUGGAGAGAAGGGAGAAAGAACUGAAGCAAAGAGAAACAGAACUGGAUAAAAGACUGAUGGACCUGCAGAGAACACCGAUGUGCUGGUUUAUAAGUGAUAUACUGGGGAAAAGAGAGAUGGAACAAGAUAUUAAAGAGACAGAACAGGAGAAAACAGCAAUGGAUCCAGAUAUUAGAGUGAGACAACCAGAGAAAAGAGUGAUUGAACCCUAUAUUAAAGAGAGAGAACUGGAGAAAAGAGCAAUGGAACUGGAUAGAAGAGCGAUGGAACUGGAUAUUAGACAGAGAGAAAUUGAGAAAAGAGCGGAGAGAAGACAGACCGAACUGGAUAAAAGACUGAUGGACCUGCAUGUAAGGCAAUAUAAGCUGUAUAUAAGAGAUAGAGAAGCAAUGGAACUGGAUGGAAGAGAGAUAGAACUGAAGAAAAGAGAGAUGGAACCAGAUAUU